AUGAGCAGACAAGUCUCCAAGACAUCUGGUGGAGGGAGCCAGGGCUUCUCCGGCCGCUCUGCUGUGGUCUCCGGCAGCAGCAGGAUGAGCUCUGUAGUCCGCUCUGGGGGAGCCGGCGGAGGGGCCUGUGGGUUCCGGAGCGGAGCAGGAGGCUUUGGCAGUCGCAGCCUCUACAACCUGGGUGGCAACAAGAGCAUCUCCAUCAGCGUGGCUGGUGGCUCCCGGGCUGGUGGCUUUUGGGGAGGGCGUAGCAGCUGUGGCGGUGGCUUUGGGGGCGGCUAUGGAGGUGGCUUUGGUGGUGGUUUUGGUGGUGGCAGAGGAAUAGGAGGUGGCUUUGGAGGAGCUGGUGGCUUCGGUGGAGCUGGUGGCUUUGGAGGGGCUGGUGGCUUUGGUGGAGCUGGUGGUUUUGGUGGAGCUGGUGGCUUUGGCGGGCUUGGUGGCUUUGGUGGGCCUGGUGGCUUUGGCCCUGGUGGUGGCUUCCCUGGGGGAAUCCAGGAAGUGACUGUCAACCAGAGCCUCCUGCAGCCCCUCAAUGUGGAGAUUGACCCCCAGAUUGGGCAAGUAAAAGCCCAGGAACGGGAGCAGAUCAAGACCCUCAACAACAAGUUCGCCUCCUUCAUCGACAAGGUGCGGUUCCUGGAGCAACAGAACAAGGUGCUGGAGACCAAGUGGACCCUGCUCCAGCAGCAGGGCACAAACUCCACCACAGGCACCAACAACCUGGAGCCCCUUUUUGAGGCCUACAUCAACUCCCAGAGGAGCUACCUGGACAGCAUCCUGGGGGAGAGAGUCCGCCUGGACUCAGAGUUGAGGAACAUGCAGGACCUGGUGGAGGACUUCAAGAAGAAAUAUGAGGAUGAAAUCAACAAGCGUACAGCUGCUGAGAAUGACUUUGUGACCCUGAAAAAGGAUGUUGAUGCUGCCUACAUGAACAAGGUGGAGCUUCAGGCCAAGGUGGACGCCCUUAAUGAUGAGAUCAACUUCCUAAGGACCCUGUAUGAUAUGGAGCUGUCCCAGAUGCAGAGCCACGUCAGUGACACGUCUGUGGUCCUCUCCAUGGACAACAACCGCUUCCUGGACCUGGACAGCAUCAUUGCUGAAGUCAAGGCCCAGUACGAGGAGAUCGCCCAGAGGAGCAAGGCUGAAGCUGAGGCCCUGUACCAGACCAAGCUGGGAGAGCUGCAGACCACGGCCGGCAGGCACGGGGAUGACCUGAAGAGCACCAAGAGUGAGAUCUCGGAGCUCAACAGGAUGAUCCAGAGGCUGCGAGCAGAGAUCGAGAACGUCAAGAAGCAGAAUGCCAACCUGCAGGUGGCCAUCGCGGAAGCUGAGCAGCGUGGGGAGCUGGCCCUCAAGGACGCCAAUGCCAAGCUCCAGGAGCUGCAGGCUGCCCUACAGCAGGCCAAGGAGGACCUGGCCCGGCUGCUGCGCGAGUACCAGGAGCUGAUGAACGUCAAGCUGGCCCUGGACGUGGAGAUCGCCACCUACCGCAAGCUGCUGGAGGGCGAGGAGUGCCGGAUGUCUGGAGAGUGCCAGAGUGCCGUCAGCAUCUCGGUGGUCAGCAGCAGCAACUCCACGUCGGCCUCGGCAGGUGGUUACGGAGGCGGAUACGGCGGUGGCUUCGGCGUGGGAGGGGGCGCAGGGGGCGCAGGCAGCGGCUUCAGCCGGGCAGGCGGCGGCGGAUUCGGCGGCAGCAGCGGUCUUGGCGGUGGCAGUGGCUUGGGAGGCGGCAGUGGCUUCGGCGGCGGCAGCGGAUUCGGCGGCGGCAGCGGCUUUGCUUCUGGCUCCGGGGGUCGCAGCGGGGUCACUGGCGGAGGCUUCAGCUCGGGCAGCAGCCGGGGCGGCAGCGUCAGGUUCUCCCAGUCCUCGCAGCACUCCUCUAGAUAA